GACUAAUACUAGUAGUUGUUAGCAGGAGAAGCAAGCGGUCAAAAACCGGGGGAUAAAGGGGAUCCUUAUCUGCUUCCAACACGAACAAGAGCUUUUCAUUGUUCCUUCUCUAUAUGAGCGAGGGGGACUCCCACCUGGGACAUAGUCGAAGAAAUACAAACAUUUGACAUUGAGAAAUUGAUUGCGAAACCAAAUGCCUCACGCAGCCUUGUCAUCUUCUUUAACCUUUCCCUUCUUCCCACUUUCCUCACCUUCUUCUACUUCUACAUCUACUUGUUUUCUGGGCAAACUCUCUGGCAAUUUUAAUCCCAAACAACUCCCAUUUCCUUUUUCUUCUUGCCUUAAAUUCCACAAUCAAUCCUCUCUCAUGAUACGAUCUGCCGUUUCUAUCGAGAAGGAAACUCCCGAAACCGAGCGCCCGGAUACAUUUCUCCGUGAAACUGAAGGAGGAGAUGUGCGAGCCCGCUUCGAGAAGAUGAUAAGAGAAGCCCAGGACAGCGUGUGUCAUGCCAUAGAGGCUGUCGAUAAAGGUGGAAAGUUCAAGGAGGAUGUCUGGUCCAGACCGGGAGGUGGCGGAGGCAUCAGCAGGGUCUUACAAGACGGCGCUGUUUGGGAGAAGGCUGGAGUCAAUGUGUCUGUCGUCUACGGAGUGAUGCCCCCCGAAGCUUACCGGGCUGCUAAGGCUGCUUCUGCUGAUCAAAAGCCUGGACCUAUUCCAUUUUUCGCUGCUGGGAUCAGCUCUGUAUUGCAUCCAAAGAACCCUUUCGCCCCAACGUUGCAUUUUAAUUAUCGUUAUUUCGAAACCGAUGCUCCCAAAGAUUCUCCUGGAGCACCUAGGCAAUGGUGGUUUGGUGGUGGGACUGAUUUGACUCCUGCUUACAUCUUUGAUGAGGAUGUCAAGCAUUUCCAUUCUAUUCAAAAAAAAGCAUGUGACAAAUUUGAUCCUGCUUUUUAUCCCCGGUUCAAAAAGUGGUGUGAUGACUACUUCUAUAUUAAGCAUCGAGGCGAGAGGCGAGGACUUGGGGGAAUAUUUUUUGAUGAUCUAAAUGACUAUGAUCAAGAGAUGCUUCUUUCCUUUGCCACUGAGUGUGCAAAUUCUGUGGUACCUGCAUACAUUCCUAUUAUAGAGAGAAGAAAAGAUAUGCCAUUUACUGAACGCCAUAAAGCAUGGCAACAGCUACGAAGGGGUCGCUAUGUGGAAUUUAACUUGGUUUAUGAUCGCGGUACUACAUUUGGGCUGAAGACAGGUGGUCGAAUUGAAAGUAUUCUUGUUUCUCUACCACUAACGGCUCGGUGGGAAUAUGACCAUAAACCUGAAGAGGGGAGUGAAGAGUGGAAGCUAUUAGAUGCUUGCAUCAACCCAAAAGAAUGGAUCUAAUUUACCUAAAGAUAAGCAUAAUCUUAGCCCUUUUUUCUUUUUCUGUUUUUCCCUUCCUUUCUCGUAUGUUCUGUGUCUUGUUUAGCUAGUGUUUUUUGUAGCUGCAAUAAUAAGUUUAGCGUCUUAGCUAGCUGAGAUCUACUGUAAUCUACUAAUUAUGAAAGGCAAUAGAAGAUUUGGUUGUGAAACAGUCUGUAUAUUUUAUUGCCAUCUUUUUAUGAUUAUGAAAAAACAUUCUGGCAAAAAGAUGAACUUCCGCAUGCUUUGCUGCAUGUUGGAGUUGGAAA